AUCCAUUUCUCUUUCUCUGUGGUUUUGUGUGUCUGAGUGGCCAUGGCCGAGCUGGCGGAGGCUGAAAUGUACGAGCCGUCGCCGAAGCCUCUGCAACUAUGGAAGACAGUGUUGAACUGGCUGGCGUUUUUCUUCCAAAUUUUCGUUCGGAUACUCAGAGGAACACCUUCCUUGGCUCAACUUCUUUCUUGUGUCGGCCUUCGACACUCUCUGCUCGCUUCCUCGUCUUCAUCUCCCUCCUUCAAGCCCUUACCGGUCGUCGAACUCCCCCUGCAAGAUUCACCUCCCACGGCUUCCCAGGUUUGCUGCAACGACGAUCUCGUUGUUGAGGACCCGAUCGAGAAGCUUACGGUGGUUCUUGACUUGGAUGAGACACUAGUAUGUGCAUAUGAGACAUGUAGCUUGCCUGCCAUUGUUCGUAAUCAAGCUACAGAAGCUGGGUUGAAGUGGUUUGAGUUGGAAUGCAUAUCAUCAGAGAAGGAAUAUGAUGGAAAACCUAAGGUCAAUCAUGUCACUGUAUUUGAACGUCCUGGUCUGCAUGAAUUUUUGAAGCAGAUUAAUGAUUUUGCAGACCUUGUGCUAUUCACCGCUGGGAUUGAAGGUUAUGCUAGACCUCUUGUUGAUAAAAUAGAUGUUGAAAAGCGAUUUAGCCGUCGACUUUAUCGGCCUGCGACAAUUAGCACGGAAUACCGGGAACAUGUGAAGGAUGUGUCUUGCUUAUCAAAGGAUCUCUGUCGAACUGUUAUUGUUGACAACAACCCAUUCAGUUUCUUAUUGCAGCCACUGAAUGGAAUACCAUGCAUCCCAUUUUCUGCUGGACAGCCUUAUGAUGAACAGCUUUUGGAGGUGCUUCUGCCACUCAUUCAGCACCUCUCUUUGCAGAAGGAUGUAAGGCCUGUACUCUAUGAAAGGUUCCACAUGCCUGAAUGGUUUCGAAAGCAUGGAAUCCCUGUUUGACUUAACAUUGUAGGUACAGAUGAUACAUUGGGAAGGCUUUGUCCUCACAAUCAAUGCUGCAUCACAAC